AUGGCGCUGAAUGAUGGCGGGAAAGUAUUGUACCGAAAGGAGGACAUGGACAAGAUACUUGCCACUUUCAAGAAGUGGGAUGUGAACGGCAACGGGUCCAUCUCCAAGUCAGAGCUGUCCAACAUCCUGGAUCAUAUUGGUGUUGCGGACAAAGACAGGGACAGCAUAUUUGAGUCGAUCGACACCUCUCGCAAUGGCAGAGUUGAAUAUGAAGAGUUCGUGGCAUGGCUGUAUGGCACCUUGUGUCCAAUGCCAAUUCGGGCGAGUGCACUGUCUGAGAGGUAUCAGCUUGUUGUUAACAACGUCAAGCUAGAUUUGGAAGACGAUCCAUCUUUCGCUGGCUGGUUUCAUGAUGCCUCAAGCAUUCGGCCGUUCCUUGUAUUCUCGGAUAGCCUUACAAAGAAGCGAUAUUUCCAAUCCAGUGAAGGCCUUGGCUUGAAAAGCCAUUUGAGCUUUGACCACAAGUCGAAACAUGAGCUCUGGCAGUUCGAGCUAGGAGAAGGAUUGCAGGGUGCCGACGUUGAGAUUUGCCUCCCGAAGGCCAUGCAAUCACUUCGAGGCCAUCAGGUUCUUGGAAAGGCCGCGCUGACUCUGGACUGGAUCACGCCUCAAAUCGCAGAGGGGUUGGGCAGCGCGACGAUUUUCUUGGAAGCUGUCGCGGAAGGCAAAGAUCCGAAGCAAACCAAAGAGGAUAGGCAGGGACAAAACUCAAGCACACCACACGAGGUGGCACAUGCUUCUGAUGUUUCUGCUGGCUCACCAGCCUCCCAGAGUCCACGGUCUUCGAAGCUGGUAGCGCGACUCACCAUGAAAGUGACAGCUUCUGGAAGUUUGUGGGCGCGGAGAAACGUAGAUUUCUGGAAGCAGCACGGCCUACCAGAGCUGGAUCCUGACGGGGUCAGCAAGGUGCUAAAUGCCUUGUCGGUUUCAGCAGACCGUCCUCUCGUGCAGGAAACGCUGCGCAUGGCCGAGGUGAACUUAGCCAAGAAGCUCAAACCCUUCCGCUCCUGGACAGGUUCUGUGGCAGACAAAGAGCUGAAUGAAGUCUUGCUUCAGCUGCAGAAGCUGGAACAAGCACUUGGUGCUUCUUCAGAGCUGAGGAGGCAGUCAUCGAAGGAAUUCGAGCAGCUCCGGGAAAGGUUGGCUACAGGAGUAUUGUCAGCAUCGCUGGAGGGAGAGGUUGCGGAUCACGAGCUCAUGCGCUCUGCCCUGACCUUCGCAUGCGCGCUCGAUCCACACUUGCCGGAAGUUCGCGAAGUGGAGAAGAGCUUCAAGGGCAUGAUGCGUUUCCCUCACAACAUCAAGCUGCAUGACCUGCUCCAUGCAUCAGACGCGGACCUGUCCCUGGCUGACCCUGCCCAAAGUGGCAUGGACCUGGCCACGGAGGGCACGCUGCCGUCCAUUGCAGAUGAUGUAAGAUUUGGAGUCCGCGAUGACACAGCUGAGCGUGUCCUUGCCUUGAUGGGGAAAGACGUUAAGCUUAACUUUCGCAAAGGGGUCACUUAUGCCAAGAUUGCGAUGGAAACGCUUGGAAGUCCCAACUUCAAGCUUUCCGCGCUGCUGCAGUCCCUCAUGGCGGAAGUCAAGGUCUUCCGAGGGGAGAAGGCGUCCUCUGCAUGCUCGAUACCUGAGCUGCUAUCUGCUCAGACUCGUGACCGGGAAGCUUUACUCGGACGCUUCGACAUUGUUGCUGCUCCCACACGUGCGGACUACGAUGACAAAUUUGUACCCCUCACAAAAGCCAAGCCAGCAACACCAUUCUUCGGCAGCGACCCCAAGGAGCCCAUUGGAGGGCCUGGCUGGUUCUGGAUUCUCCAUGCUGCUGCAAUUAACAUUGGAGAGAGCGAGAGUGCGGACGACUUUCCUGAGUACUCUGUGGCUCCAGAUCCAGCAUAUAGAGGACGUCGUGGGCACAGUCGCUGGCUUGAUGAAGACCGGUACGUGGCUGACAUGGGGCUUCUGUGGCACCGUGUGCUUCACUCUGCCGCUCACCUGGGUGUGGAAGACAUGAUUCUAUUCCCAUUUGGGAUGGGUGCAUUUCUCAGAAAUUUGCACAAGCUGGACAACCGCUACUCCGACGCGACAGCCAUAAGAUGCUUGCGCUAUAGGGUAGCUAGCGGUUUGUUUGAUGCCGCAGCUCUCAUGUGUCUGUCCAGCGCUGACAAAAUGGGAGAGAAACAGUCCCCACUCGAGGAAGGCAAGGACACAGCUGGCAUGCAGCUUCACCUUUGCUUGGUGGAUGUUUCUCUGGAGAGCCGAUCUAACCACAACGUCUUCGUUGAAGCGGCUGCUGCGAAGGUGGCCCAGGUACCUGCAUUGGCCAAGUACGUGCAUUUUCAUCGAAACUGUGACGCGCUGGACUUGGCGCGGAAGUUGGCGGAAAAGAUGCCAUCAGAGAGAGCGGACUUGGAUGUGAGCAUCCGCAAGGUAGGGCUCCUGAAUGGCGCCAACAACAAGCAGCUUGGAAAUCAUUGGUUUGGUCAUGGAGCCAGAAGCGCCAUUGAUGAAAACCUGCAUCGACGAUCUGGGGCCAUGUGCGCAGCAUCUUUGCUCAUCAACCUGUCCACAGAGCCGCGUUUUCGAAGUGUGGAGGAGAUGGUCAUGCACGUUAAUGCUACGGGCGGGAGCUGUGUGGAGCUUCUGCCAUUUCCUGUGAAGACAGGCAAGGCUCGAUCAGGAAGCCGCAUCAUUGCCAAAGUGAAGGUGGUAUCUUACGGUAUCCUUGGGUCCCAGAUGUCCCAUGGUCAGGUGAAGCUAGUAGCACCUGAACCCGGGGCUGGUGAAGUGGUAGUCGAUCCUGCUGGCCUGCCGUACAUUCGAAGCGGGCCGUCUGGUGCUGGGGGGGCCUCAGGCCAGCUUUACAAAUGGCUUGGCAUCUCAGAUGGGCAGUUCCCCCAGAGUGUGCAGGAGGCUAUCACUGAUUCGCUGCAAGCCAAGUUCCAUUCCUAUGACCCUGGAAAGAAUGUCAUCCAUGUGGUCGGUCCCGAUUUCCGGUCAAGGACGCCAGAGCCGUGCUCUGCGGGGUGCAUUGAGUUUGGCCCUGACCUCUCACAGCUGUCUUUGCCACCACAAGUCGCUAAGAUGUUGAUUCUGUAUGUUUCUGUUGUCAGGACGUUUGCCCGGCUGUUAUUUCCGGCCUAUGGUUGA